CUAGUGCUCAGAAGCGGCUCUCUACUUAAUUACAGUAGUUAGCCUUUUCCUAAACAAACAAUUACAACAAAACAAAGAAAAGAAAGCAAAGAAACAAGAAACAUUGCUUUAGAGGGAACACCGCAAGAUCGAGAAGUGUAAAAAGUUUAACUUUCCCAUUAAACGACGAACAGAUUUCUAUUUUUUUCUUAUUAAUUUCCCCUCUUGUCUUCGUCAUUCACCUGAAGAAAAAAAACAGAGGAGAGAAAGAGCAGAAGCAACCUGCAACUAUACCUUUCUUUAAUCGUUUCUCCCUCUCUCUCUAUUAGACAUUGAUGGGAUCGGAUCUAGAAGACUAACUCGUCAACGAAGAAGACACAUUCUCGAUCAACGUCAAAAAAAGCAGUAUCGAACACCUUCAAUGGAUCCUUCAAUCGAUCACGCUUCUUCAUCUUCCAAACCAAGAAACACUCACGCUAAAUCCAAACCAUCCGUUACGUCACGUUCCAUCGACUCAAGAGCCACCAAGAAACAAGAACCGCCAUUAACAGCAACAGAAACUUCCCCUGAAGUUUUAGAACAACACUCUGUUUCAUCUCACAUCACACAGAAGACGAAGAAUAAGAAGAAGAAACAACCCGAGCCUAGAUUCUACCCGAGCCCAACCAACACUUUCUACACAGCGCCGCUCUACACAGAAGCCAAGCAAAGCUUCAGCGACUGCGCGAGCACGCUCAACGUCGGAGGAAUCGAUCUCGAGAAGAUGGGCGUGUUAACAUACAGAGGAAGCACGGGGAGCGACGAGAGCAGCUCGAGCGGGCUGAGCAACAGCGCCGGCUACAAGCCUCACAGAGCUAACAACGACAAGCGAUGGGUCGCGAUCCAGGAGGUAAGGUCUCGGGUCGGGUCGUCUCUUGAGGCUAAAGACUUCAAGCUGGUGAAGCGGCUCGGAGGAGGCGACAUCGGGACUGUUUACUUAGCGGAGUUGAUCGGAACGGGAGAGACGUUCGCCGUGAAGGUCAUGGAGAAAGCGGCUAUUGCGGCGAGGAAGAAGCUCGUGAGGGCUCAGACGGAGAGGGAGAUACUGCAGUCGUUGGAUCAUCCGUUCUUGCCUACUCUGUAUUCGCAUUUCGAAACGGAGAAUCAUUCGUGUCUGGUUAUGGAGUUUUGUCCCGGUGGUGAUUUGCAUUCUCUCCGGCAGAAACAGCCCGGCAAGUACUUCCCGGAACAUGCUGCCAGAUUCUACGUUGCUGAAGUGCUUCUAGCUAUGGAGUAUCUACACAUGCUUGGGAUCAUAUACAGAGACCUUAAGCCUGAGAACGUUUUAGUACGUGAAGAUGGACACAUAAUGCUAUCAGACUUCGAUCUCUCCCUGAGAUGUUCAGUCUCUCCAACCCUAGUUCGAUUCGCAGCAACCACCACACUCGAAUCCAAACCCUCAAGCUACUGCAUCCAGCCGAGCUGCAUCGUCCAGCCAGACUGCAUCCAGCCAGUGUGUUUCACUCCACGGUUCUUAUCCAAAAGCAAGAACAAGAAGAAACUAAACGAGUCAGCGCGGCAGGUCAGACCACUCCCGGAGCUCAUGGCUGAACCGACAAGCGCGCGGUCCAUGUCCUUUGUCGGAACACACGAGUACUUAGCGCCAGAGAUCAUCAAAGGAGAGGGGCACGGAAGCGCGGUUGACUGGUGGACGUUCGGGAUAUUCCUGUACGAGCUUCUGUUUGGUAAGACGCCGUUUAGAGGAGACGUGAACAGAGCGACGCUGUUCAACGUGGUUGGACAGCCGUUGAGGUUUCCGGAGCAUCCUAGCGUGAGCUUUGCGGCUAGGGACUUGAUCAGAGGGUUGCUUGUGAAGGAGCCUCAGCAUAGGUUGGCUUAUAGGAGGGGAGCUACUGAGAUUAAGCAGCAUCCUUUUUUUCAGAGUAUUAACUGGGCUUUGAUCAGAUGCACUAACCCGCCUCAGGUUCCACAGCCGGUGAAGAUUAUGGAUAAUGCUCAGAGUCAAGGACAUGGUUGUAGCCGUAGUCAGGGAGAUGCUAAGCCGCCAACUGUUGUUAUUGAUGUGAAGCCUUCCGGUAAUUAUUUGGAAAUUGAUUUCUUCUAGUCUGUGUCUCAUUCUUGAUUGUUUACGGCGUAUGUUAGUCAAGUGUAUAAUGAUUUUUGCUUUUGGGGUUUGUCUAGACUUUGGUCUGAUGUGUUUUUAUCUUACUGGAUGAUUUGAUGACUAUUGUUGUGUCUUCACGUUAUGGUGAAGUUGUACAUAUUCGAAAACAUGUUUCCUUUAA